AUGUCAUACAGUACCUCACUUGAAUCAUUGGGAGAUUCACAAUCACUACCAAAAGAUGGAGAAGAGUGUUUAAAUGUAUUGAAUCCUAUCAUUGAUUUAAAUGCAAAUACUAAUGAAGAACCACUAACAAAUGAAUCAACAUCGGCAAAUGAAGUUGUGAAUGAAGAAAAUGUUGAGAGCAAUGACAUUGUUAUUCAAAAGUCCAAGAGGAAGAAAACUUCUCUAGUUUGGGAUCACUUCAAAAAAGUGGAAUUAAAGAAUGGAAAAAAAUGGCAAUGUAUACACUGUAAAAACAGUUAUUCUGUUGUUGCUAGUGGAUCAACCAGUCAUUUGAUGAGGCAUUUAAUACAAACGUGUCAUGUUUACAAGAAGCUAGUAGCACAACAAAAAAAAUUAAACUUUCAGCCAGCAAAAAGCAAGAUUGAUGAGAAGCUUUCUGGACCACUACUAAUGAAUUCAGGAGGUAAAUAUGACCAUGAAAGACAACGAGAAGCCACCGCACAUUGGAUUAUGAUGCAUGAACAUGCAUUUAGUAUUGUUGAGGAAGAAGGUUUUCAUUUUAUGAUGAAGUGUUCUAAUAUUUCAUAUGAGAAAAUUAGUCGGAAGACAUUGAAGAAUGAUUGUAUUGCUGUUUAUGAAGCUGAAAGAAAAAAGUUGAAGUCUACUUUAAGGACAGUAAAUAAGAUUUGUUUGACCACUGAUUUAUGGAAGUCACAAAAUCAGAAGAUAAAAUACAUGGUGUUAACUGGCCAUUUCAUUGAUGCUGACUGGGUUUUGCAGAAACGCAUUCUUAGUUUUGUUCAUGUUCCUCCUCCUCGGCGUGGUGUUGAUAUUGUUGAUGCUAUCUUCAAAUGUCUUAAAGACUGGGGUAUUGAAAAUAAAAUAUUUAGUGUGUCAGUGGAUAAUGCACAUUACAAUGAUAAAUGUUUGAAAGAGUUAAAAGUUCUGAUUUUAAGGCACCGAAAAUUAGUGUUAGAUGGAAAGUUAUUUCAUGUGCGUUGUUGUGCGCAUAUACUAAAUUUGCUUGUUCAAGAUGGUAUUGGGAAAAUAGCAAAAAUAGUUGAAGACGUGCGUGAAAGUGUGAAGUUCAUCAAUCAGUCUGAAGCAAGGUUGCAAACAUUCUCACAAAUAGUUCAACAACUAAAGCUUGGUGGUAAAAAAUUAAUUCUUGAUUGCCCUACUCGUUGGAACUCCACCUAUCAAAUGUUGUCAGUUGUAAUGCAGUUCAAAGAAGUCUUCCCUCGUUUUCAAGAUCGAGAACCAAGCUAUACAACUCUUCCAGAUGAUGAUGAUUGGGAAAAGGUUGAAAAAGUUUCCAAGUUGCUAGAGGUAUUUAAUGUUGUUACAAAUAUUAUUUCAGGUAGUGAAUAUCCAACUGCUAACUUAUAUCUUGCUGAGGUAUUUUGA